GAAACCUGGUACUGGGACAGCAGCAAUGUGACGGAGAUGGUUAUGAGCGGUGUGAAGUGCACCGGCAACGAGAUGUCUCUGAGUCACUGCCAGCAUCACAAAACUGUCAGCUGUCAGAAGUCAGCAGCAAAGUUUGCAGCGGGAGUCAUCUGUUCUGACACGGCGUCUGACCUCGUCCUGAACGCCCCUCUGGUCCAGCAGACGGUCUACAUUGAGGAUCGCCCCCUGCACAUGCUCUACUGUGCUGCAGAGGAGGACUGCCUGUCAAAAUCUGCAGCCAAGGCCAACUGGCCCUACGGACACCGACGCCUGCUCCGCUUUUCCUCCCAGAUCCACAACAUCGGUCGGGCUGACUUCAAGCCAAAGGCCGGGCGGCAUUCAUGGGUCUGGCACGCCUGCCAUGGCCACUACCAUAGCAUGGAUAUUUUCACCCACUACGAUCUGCUGAACUCCAACGGUAGCAAAGUGGCAGAAGGACACAAAGCCAGUUUCUGUCUGGAGGAUACAGAUUGUCAAGAGGGUGUUUCUAAGCGGUAUGAGUGCGCCAACUUUGGCGAUCAGGGCAUCACUGUGGGCUGCUGGGAUUUGUACCGUCAUGACAUCGACUGCCAGUGGAUCGACAUCUCAGAUGUCAAACCUGGAAACUACAUUUUGCAGAUUGUGAUAAAUCCAAAUCACGAAGUGGCUGAGAGCGACUUCACCAACAACGCCAUGAAAUGCAACUGCAAAUAUGACGGACAUCGAAUCUGGCUCCAUAACUGCCACAUUGGUGAUGCGUUCAGUGAGGAGGCAGAGAGGAGGUUUGAGAAAUACCCCGGACAGCUUAAUAACCAGGUUUCUUAAUCAACAAUAAUUUUAACAACAAUAGGAGACCCAAAGUGGGCGUUGAAUGAAUAAAAACACACCUCAAUAGCUCAAAAAGCAAAACACGAACCGUUUUCAGUUACCAAAAUGGAUUCCCCCACAUAUCUGAGAUUAUUUGGAGUCAUGGAAGAAGCCAAAAGUAUGUUCCUCUGUUUGAAUGUGUUGUAUGUCUGAGUUAUUAUACUUGAAUAUUCAAGUGCAAAUGUUGUUUUGGAUUUUCUUUUCUCAGUCUAAUGUGAGCUAAUGCUAUAUUUUCUAUCACAAAGUAGGAUUUAUACAGUCUGUGUCUGUCUGUAACAAAUGUACAGCUUUCUAUUGAAUGUUUUUCCCGAGUUAUGAAUUAAUCCAUUUUUUGUUUUACUUGGAGCAAACAGGUUCAGCACUACCUGAGGUGUUAGCAUUAGCUAUAACACAUUUAAAAGGUAUCAACUGAGGCAGGAACAGGAACUAAUGCAGCUUUGUGCAAGUCUCACUGGUCUUGACUGCAACUUCAUACUGGGUGCUAAGGACAGAAGCGAUAGACUGUCUCUCAGAGCAAAACAUGAAAUAUUACCUGGAUAAUUCGCUCUGCAUUAGAGUGUUAUCUUGAAAGCUAAAUGUACAUAAGCAUGUUGCUCAGGAGAAAAGCUUCAAAAGGUUUUCACAUCAAUUACUUUACAGUUUUAUGUCAUCUUGUUCACAGAAAUGGUUUUAAGUAAUAACAUGUCUGCCUCCACGGUUACAAUAUUUUGUGAAUGUACUGUAUUUAUUGCUAAUAUCAAGGUGCUCAAGAACAACCCUUAUUCAUUAGCAUAAUUGUCAGUUUGAAGUGCUUUACAACCAGUUUGAAACCAUUUGUAGCUUUAGUCUGUAUGUAUUAUUAAUAGUAAUUUAGGGUCAGAACAUGGAUGUUACUGGGCAAAGAUAAAAACUACAAUUACCCUCAAGAAUUCCUGUAUCUAUGCUGAUGUAAUCACACCUGCUGCACCAAAUAAAAAGGAAAGGAACAAUAAUUGUGCUGUAUCUAAGAGACCUAAUUAGAAACUGGACUAAGCCACAUUCUUGAAGGUCUAGGCGAGUGGUUCUCAACCGUUAGGGCUUGUAACCCCUUAAAACUAAGGGGGGUUUACUCAAGUUGCUUCUUUCCUCCACUUAUGGCAUUGUUUUGUUUGUUUGUUUGUUUGUUACAUUUUAAAAGGCCUGAAAUAUCAUCCAGUCCUUCACAAAAAAAAAAAAAGUUUCUUUUAACUUGUAUUUAAGGAACAAAAUAAUCUACAGAUCUAAAGAGCUAUAAAUUGAGUCCUCACCAAUCCUGACCAUUGACUAAUAAUCUGAUGUUCUGACUGUGAUACUGAGUGAGCUGCGAGAAAGCUGCUCAUCUGAAUCUACUCUGUCGUGUUACCUCUAAUCCCAACCUUUGCUGCCAUGGUUGAACAAUCCCAUUAACCCCCACUAACAAUCACAUUAACUGUGUGCCAGUCGCAUCCAAUGAUGUUUAACACAAACAUCAAUAUAUAUCAGCAGUAAGAGAAUAAAACCUCUAAUCCCUCAUUAGCUUUCAGAGACAUUACUAAUCUGAUUUUUCAUUAUUUAACCAUACUUUAAGUAGAUUUACCGUCCAACCCAGGGCUGCAACUAAUGAUUAAUUUGCCAAUUAUUUUGUGGAUUAAUUGAUCAUCUUCUAAUAUCUUGUUUUACCCAACACCGAAACCCCCCAAAUAUUCCAUGUACAAUGAUACAAUCCUCAAACUGAAGAAGCUGGAACCAGAUAAAGUUUUGAAUUUCUGCUUAAAAACUUUUUAAAUGAUUCAUCAUCAGUAGUUAUGUCAAUCAACUAAUCAGCCUGUCAUUUCACCUCUAUUCCACACCUGUAAUUAAAACUGAUUAUAUUUUUGAAUUGAUCCAGAUGAAGGAUUUGAAAUUCGCAUUAAAGACAAAGUCAAUUUCCCAAAA